AUGGAGACAGCGGAGACGUCGGAGAGCAAGGUGAAGAGGCUGGGCUCGGCGAUGGCGGACCGGCUCGCACAGGUGGAAGGAGCUCCUAACGACCUUUUCCGUCGAUUUAUGGAUUCUGAAGCGCGGGUGCCCAUCAGCGUGAUGCUCAUGGACAAAGGACUCCGGAAGUCUGCGUUGCGGGCCGCGGGUGAAGGUGGUCGAGCGCUUGCCCGGGCCUUCGAGUGCCUCCAACUGGCGGCCGUCGCACACGAGGAUCUUGACGUGCAGCACCUGCCCCGGACCACGGUGCGCUCGAAUCAGAAGAAGGAGUUGCCCAGCGCGGUGGUGAGGGCUCAGAGGCUGCUUGAAGAGGAGGAGGCGGCCAAGGCGGCCAAGGCAGCGACCGCAGCUGCCGAACCUGAUUUCGAGAAGGCGCCGUCGACGCCGUCCGCUGCCUCCCUGGCACCCGCCGUGCAGCGCAACGUGAAGGGUGAGCUUGGGCAUUUCUUCGCGAAGAAGAUGGGGAGAUCUGCAGCGAAAGGCGACAUGAACUUCACCACGGAGAGGAUUUCUGAGAACCCGCCGAUGUUCCGAGCAAAGUGCGAGAUCUGGAGCCGUUUUUAUGACAGCAAGGAGGCCCACUACAACAAGAAAGCGGCUGAGCACGAUGCAGCCCUGGUGGCCCUGGAGACACUCAUGGAAGAGUCGGGCAUAGGGGCAGACGAUGUCAUGGACUACAAGGGACAACUCCUGGGCUUCCUCCAAUCCGAAGGCAAGCGCGAUCAGAUCCAGUUCGAGCUGGAGCGCGUUGGCCAGGAGGAGUCAGAAGAGAAGAUCUUCCAGGCGAAGGUAUGCUUGCCAGAUGGCCGCUGCUUCGUUGGCGAGCCGGAGUCUCGCACCGUGCACGGCUGCAGCGCCAAGACGCGCCGCGCUGCAGAGCAAAACGUCGCGCAGAAGGCACUGCGAGCACUGCAAAGCAAUGGCAGCUCCAAGGACAGCGAAUUUGCCCCCUUGCCUCGGCUGGCUGCUCGUGAGGUGCAGGUUCUUUGGCUGCCGUGCGCACCUACCGAGAUGCCGUGCCUUCGACGCGUGGCGGUGGAAGGCGACGAUUUUUUGGCCACCGCGGAAUCGGUUUUGAACUGCAAGAACACGGUCUGCUACCCGCUGAAUUGGCUGGGCAACCGUCCAAAGGGAUUGUGCGUGUAUGAAGCUCUGGACGCUUCUGAAAGUGUGAAUGACCGUGCCACAGCGCUGGCAGGAGUGGACGUCUUCGGUGACGCCUUCAUGAUGGACGCAAGCGCCCACUCUGCGGGUGCGGAGCUUGUGGACAUCACCCUUCCGCGCUACGAGUUUUUGAAGGCCGACCGGGCGGGAUACCUCUCCGAGCCGGCUCCGGCCCUGAACCAUAGCCGCGGCAUGCUGGUCUGCGGACACCCACAGCUGCCGCAAAAGUUUGCCACCGACUCAUGGCUUGGCCUCAACCCCAGGACCCUGCUCAAUGACGUCGCGCGCCGGCGGGGCCUGGCGCAACCACAAGCGCAGGCUUCUGUCGUCCAGGACGGCUGA